AUGUUUCUGGAUUGGAUAGCGCAGCUUCGUCUGCUGCAACAUGACCCUCAGACAAACAUUCUUGGAUCGCUUCCUUUAUCCAUACGGCGAGCGCUUAUAUCGGAAAUCACCAAUUACCUUCAACCAAUCCCUGGAAAACAUGUACCGGAUCCGAGCAUCUUUGCAUCACCAGCACACGUCAAAUGGUUCAUGGAAGUCCUUGGCCAAGGGUUUAGUCUACCGCUCGAAGACAUGGAGAUUACCAGCAACGACGUGAGCAUAUAUGCGCAAUGGCUGUUUGAACCGCACAUGAGACCAUCUGCUGUUGUCAGCGAAGGGCUUGAACAAGAGUUCUACCAGAUCAUAUUCCAUCAAUACUCGCUGUUAUUUCAACCACGGAUCACACAAACCCCUUCUGCUGCUGCUGCUGCUGCUACGACAACUGCCGCUGCUACCUCCUCUUCUUCAAAUCAUAGAAGCAAUAGUACAAUCAAUUAUAACCCUCAACAACAUCAGCAUCAGUCUUCUUCACAACAACAGCAUUCACAACAAAAUCAACACCAACAGCAGCAACAUCCACCUCACAAUCAAACACACCAACAGCAUCAUAGUAAUAAUGGUAGUAGUAGCAGUAGUAGCAAUAUACACGCGCAUGGAAGCAGUAGUGGACGUCCCAAUAGCUUUUAUCUCAAUAUGAUGCCAAUCAACCCACAUGCCAACCUCGUUCCAGUCACUUUACCAUCUCCAACCAAUGCAGCCUCGCCCCAUAUUGGAUCUGGUGCGCCCAGUGCUGCAGCGGCCAACGCUUCAGCUGCGUCUGCACUCAAGGAAACUUUAUCUCAAAUGGUCCAUCGACAUAUUGAGCUCUGUAAAAAGACGCUGACGGUGCUGGCCAUGGCAGGCAGAACUUUGGAAAUGACAGCCGAGACAUGGACUGUUCUCUUAAAGGUGGUCUUGGGUAUUUCGGAUUCUCUCUUGAAGGAACCAGUAGCGGAUGCUACAAUUAGUGGCGUUGCCAAUAUGGGCGAUGAAUUAUGCGAACAUUUAUUACGGGUAUUGUUUGAGCUUUGGUUACGAUCACGGAUACGAGAAGUAGAAAUGUGGGAUAUACUCAAGGAUUGCUUUAUGCGAUGGUCUCACCGGCCCAAAGUUAUCCAGCAUUGGAGCUCGACCUCACUUUCGUUGACGAACCGCGUACUUAAUUUAUUAUAUGGUUCGGAUGAAGGAACCGAUGUUGUUAUACUAUCCGCUAACGGCAUCAUUGUCAAGCUCGACCUAUCGCCCGAAUUUGUCUAUUACUCAUGGCAUCGUAUCCUCUACCUCGCACCGCAUCCACUCCACCUCCCACCAUCCAACUUCACCUUGAUGAUGCUCGGCAUUGGCCACUUGGUCGACUUAUUUAAUAAAGUCGGAGAACGCCAUGUCUCAGUAGCAGCAACGAGUAUCGAUGAUAACAACAACAGCAACACACCUGACGGCAACACCAUUUUGCACAUAUUCGGGACUUGGCUAUUUGAUGCCAGCUCCACCGCUCCUUCCGCCGACGUCAAUUCUCAACGUGGAUGUGCUGCUGCUUUUGCAUCUUUAUGCAAAGUGUUUUGUCGACCGCAGCGAUCCACGCCCUUCUUGCGAACCUAUAUUGAAAGAUUCUAUGCUGCCUUAUGCGUAGGACUUAAAUCGGACGCUUGUCUGCCUACCAUCUUGCUACAUUGUACAGAGCUUUUUGCGACGGAUUUAGACGGAGUCAGGAUGCUGGCACCAGAAUUUAUCGCGGCUAUCAAGAUGGUGUUGCCCAAGUUACAGAUUGAUUGUAAAGGAUUUGUUGGCGUGGACGACUUGAGACUUGCAGCAAUCAAAGUGGUGAGCACCAUCAUGUGUUUGCCAAACCACUUUGAUAAGGUCGAGCUCAAGCCCGGAUGGGACUGGGAUAUGCAAUGUGCUUCAGAUAAUGCAUCUGUUUUGGGUGAACAAGAACAAAUUGUGACGCAAUUGAUACGCGUUUUGUAUGCGGAUCAGCAUCAUGGUAGUGUUGAACGACCGUUCACAGGCCUCAAAUUCUACAUAUUGGAACUACUGCUCAUGUCUUUACGCACAGAGACGUCUUCAUAUAACAUGAGAUACUUGUUGCAUCUUAUAAACGUCUAUGUAAUCGAAGAUGUCCCGUUCUGCCCAGGGCUUGUUGGAACUGUAGUCAAAUUGAUCGAAGAGAAGAUCCUGACUAUGCAAAUGCCGUCCGAUGUAACUUUGGUCGCUUUUGACGUUUUGAUCGACUUCGUGGACCUAUAUGAUUACAACGUUGCACGAGAAUUGGUUUUGGCACUAAGUCGAUAUGUUGAUGCAUUGAUUAAUGCUGGCAAACUGAUCCAUUCGUACCCUUUGAUCGUUCAAGCCUAUGAUUGUAUGAUUAAAUGGAUAUUGGUGAGCCAAUGGAUCAUGGAUGACCAAGAUUGCUACAAAGCAGUGAUUGCGACCUUGAGCAAAGGCAUUACCAUCUUUGACCGAGAAACCGACACCACCAAUACCGUUGAAUCCCAGCAUCCCGAAAAAAAGAAACGACGCGAUACGACAUUUCCACCAACAAAACAAUUGUUCCAAUUACCACCGAGAGCAAACAAGCCAACAACCACAUCAUCAAACACAGCAAGUAAUCCACUUCAACAAUCAUCCAGUGGUAGUGGAGGCAGAAGCAACUCGACGGUGUAUAAAAAGGAGGAAGUGGCCGUACGGAUGGCUGCAGAAUACUGCAUGUCUCAAUUUGUCAACCAGCUGGGCAAGUUUCCUAUGUGGAACGAACAACGGUUCUCGAAUCGAAAGGCAAUGAUUAUGAGUGAUCUACAGCAGGUCAAGUAUCGUCGCUGGAAGCAACAUCAACAAGGCAAAACGGAUAAUAAGAGCAACACAACGAUAAACGAUAGUAAUAAUUCAACAUGGGAAUCGCGCGAUUCGAUUCGAUACUUUUUGUUCGACAAGAGGAUGAUUCUAGCAGUGUAUGACGUUGAAAGCACGUUUGGGCCCAAGGAAACACCUGCUGUUGUUGCCAUUAUACGUGAUACUACGGGCAAGUAUGUAUGGUCAGUCGAAACUCGAUACAAGGAUCCUCGAAAAGUUGCCAAUGGUUCACCAACAACAGCUUCACCAACUACAUCGCCUUCUGGGACCACCUCUCCGCCUGCAUUGUUGGAAAAUAACGGCGACUCGCCUUUGACAGACGGUAGCGGACCAACCAUUACUGGCAACAACAAUAGCAACAAUGCAAGAAGACAGCAGCAACAGCAACAACAGCAAAAUAAUAACGUCCUGCAAGUACCUGUUGCACAAGCAGUCAACGAAGAUGCAAUUCCAAAUAUUGACAAUUUGUUCGACAAGAGUUCGGAUAAUUGGAAACAGUGGGCAUCGAUCCAAUCACUCGCGGAACGUGAACAAAGUGCUGAAACGGCUGCAGUUGAAAAGUCAAAGAAGAAACCGCUGGAUCGGUACAGUGCACUACCAACGGGUGAAAACAUCAACACAGACAGUGCACGAGGUUUUCGACUCUUACUCUCCGAACUUGGAUUAUUAUUGCCUCAGAACCGUGCACAUAUUACCCCGUUACGAAUUACUGAUACCCUAAUCACUGAAAUAGAAACUUUGGAUAUGCUAAACGAACGCGACUGUAUAUCAGUCACUGCCUAUUACGCACAAUCCGGAAACACAUCUUGGUCCGAGCUCGUAGAAUCACCAGCUGCUAUCAGCGAACAGUUUCUACAAUAUCUCAAUUGCUUGGGCUGGCCGGUAGAGAUUGCCGAACAUCAAGGUUUUCGAGGAAAAUUGGAUCCAGCGAUUUGCGACACAAUGCCUUAUUAUGCCGACCGAACCAUAGAGUUUUUGGUCAAUGUGCCUUACUUGCUCAAGACGCCACCUGCAGACAAUGGUGUAUGGGGCACCACACAGACACUAUCAAAAAUCCAUCAACAAGUAUCAUCGGAUGAUCAUGUUUGUAUAGUAUGGAUCGAGGAUUUGACAAACUAUACCGAGCUGGCUCGGCGUAUCAAAAUGUCAAGUUCGAAUAAUGCCAAAUCGAUGGUCUUUAUCUUCAUUAAUCCCUUAAAAAACAGUGGCAAUGGGCUGUACUGGAUCCGAAUCUUAAUACCGUCUAUCGGUAAUAACGCUACUUCGGUUAUGGCAAGCCAGCGACUGAAUGAAAAUGCAUUGAUAUUCGGCCCACUUGUGGACGGAAUCAUUGUGAGUCGACAUGCACUCGGCGCGAUGGUGAGAAACACAGCAAUUUCUGCACACCAAGCAUGCCGGGUUGUUACAGAAACGUAUACCCGUCCCUAUGUCAUGCGGAAACAAUUUAUUGAAGAAAUGGCACAUCGCCACCGUAGCAAACAGCAAUUUUCAGAAUUUUACUCUGAAGUUUUCAUCGGAAAAGACAAUUAA